AUGCAGCGGACCCAGCGGCACCCGCGACAGAGGGUGGAUGCGGUGGACGUUCUACGGAUAUGCAUAGACGAAGCACUCGCCCAGGAGGUGACGGACAUCUUCUUCUUCGGGUCGGCCCUCUACAGCCCCCACCCAAACAACUUUGACUUCAUCGUGCUGGGCGUCCCGUCCAACCACGACAGUCGCAAGCGGCUCGAGAACACCAUGGCCGCCAAGACCGGGUGGACUAUCGACGUUCACUGUCUCGAGAGGGACUCGCCCUGGCUUCACCGGCUCGACGGCGAUGGUGCUGGUGUGUGGCUGCUGCGCGGCGGCCGCUUCACCACCACCGCGGUCGAGGUCAUGGACGGCAAGCUCGCCCCCACCUACGUGGGUCGGCUCGGGCUGCGCCAGUUCGUGCGCUUCCUGGUGAGCAACCUGAAGGUGUUUGCGCUGGCCCUGCACAAGCGGGCCUCGAUCACCUUCCCCGACCUCUACGACGCGGCCCAGCGGCUGUGGAAGCUCUUCCUGGACUUCAAGCGGGUGGCCUACGACACCUGUUCGCGAGACAAGGUGGUGGACAAGCUCGAGGAGGUGCUGUCCACCGACCUGCCCGACCUGCGCGCCCUCGCGCAGCACUGCCGCGCCCACCUGGCCGUGUGGUCCAGCAAGUCGCAGCAGACUGAAAGCGGCGGCAGCUUGCCUCCCGUCGGCCUCACCGUCUACCACGCCGUGAGCGAGAUCGUGAGGCACAGCAUUCACUCGGAAGGCCUGCGCCAAACCGUGCUGGACGUGGUAUGUGAGAUCGAAGCAUCCUCUGUAAACAACCUCGACCCGAUCCGAGUUCCUGAAGACAUUCUGAUGCGUCUGCCCAAGAGACCCGACGACGGGUCGCUACACGCACCUCCCCUACCAAUGGGCCGAUCCAACGUGAGAGCGACGGUGGCGGAGUCUUGCUGGAGAAUGUGA